GAAUGUUAGUACCAUCCCCAGUCCCCACUUAACCUCAGUUAACUGUGUCCCUCUAGACCAAAGGAUACUCCUAGAUUAAGAAGAAAUAUUGGUAAAUCUACACUCAAGGAGAGUGUUGUAAUUAAAAUAUUUUUUGUUUAAGAGCAUCAUUCAUGAAAAAAAAGGUAGGCUUGGCAACAAGCGUCCAAAAGUGGUGUACAUUUCUGAACUACUAAAUAUAUAACAUGGAUCACGGAUUUAUGCAGUAAUUAAGUUAUAUCUCAAAAAACUAAAAAAGUUCCGGUGUACCCUGGAAAGACGCGGUCUAUAUCUCUGGAUCUAAUGUUUAGUGAUUGUAGAUAUCUUUUGUAGAUAUUCCUAUCACCAAGAUGUCACCACAAUUUUCUCCCUGCUUCUAUGUUCUUUCUGUGUUACCAACCAGCCUUCUUUUUGGAGUGAAAGAUUGAUAUGGGGAUUUGGGAUUAUAUUUCCUCUACAAGCAAUUCGGCGAUACAAAACGCACCUGAUCUAACGGCUGUGAAGGGGUGGUGUUCGAGCUCUUAUGGUUACAGCCGGGCUGCUGUUGCCAAGGUUGAUGACGCUGUUAGGACGAAGGUGAUCCAGUCCAUGCAAGACGAGGAAGUCCGUUCCAAGAUCGGUCAGAUUGCCGCCAACUUCGCUAAAAGUGCCACGGUUCUUGCUUGCAAGGAGGGCCUCAAAAGCAUCCCAGGUGGAUCUUCAUUUUAUAAGAUUGUUUUGCAAUCUCUCCAUAACGAAAUAAAGUCUGGGGGUAAUGAAGUUGAGACAAAGGCAUUGCAAGCUAAGAUAAGCAAAAUAGAGGAAGAAAUCAAAGAAUGCAAGAAAUUAAUUGGACGAGCAGAGAUACAUAAGCCUUUUGUAGAUUUCAAGCCAGAGAAGAUCUCUUCCUUCAAAUCAAAUGUGGAUAUAAAACCAGAGGAUGUGAUCAGAGUCUUCAUGAUGAAGGAAUCUAUAGGUAGGCAAUUUUUGGAUGAUUUGAUAGUUCCUACCGUCAUAAUAACUAGGAAGAAUUCUAAGUAGAAGGCAAUUUCAUUUCAAGGAGACACGAUGGGUGGAGUGAUGAAAUAAUUGUUAACUAUUGGGAUAAUAAAUAUUUGUAUGUCUUAGGUUUUGUGUAAUUAUUUUGGGAACCCCUUUCUCAUCCUCUUUUGGUGUUUGUUUUGAGUUGUGGCAGAAUUGAGUGUGAUUAGGAAUGAUAUAUGCUGUUAAAUAUUGGAGUGAUGAAUUUAUUAUUAAGUAUUUGGAUGUCUUAGAUUU